AAGAUGGCGGCGGCGGCGGCGGCGGCGGCGGCGGGGUCGCUGCCGCCCGCUCCGCCAGUGCCGGGCAAGGUUGCCGCCGCAGCCACCGCAGCCACCACCGCUGCUGCACGGAAACCGGGACUGACGCGGCCAACCCCUCCGCGCCCGUGACGCGAGGCCUGAGGGACGGAGCGGAGGGGGGAAGCGAAGGACGCCGGGGCUGCCAUGAGGGAGGCGAUGCUGAGGUGAAGGAUGCUGGCCUGGAGGCCUGGGGCCCGGAGCGUGGUCGCUGGACGGGCCCCCGAGUCGUCGGACGCCCGCGACGGAGCCCCCCUCAGCCCCCGCUUGGGCCGCGGGCGCUGCCGGCCUGCCGCCGACCUAGAUAUGAAAAUGCAUCUGGAGAAAAAUCUAGAAGAAGAGCGUCAGAUAUUACUGCAGCAACAAAAAAUAUGUCGAAUUCGAGCACGUAAAUAUUUUGUGGAAUCAAACCGGAGAAAAAAAGCUUUUGAAGAAAAACGAAAAGAACAAGAAGAAAAAGAACAACAAAUCAGAGAACAAAUACUUCAACAAAGAAAAGAGAAGUUUGAAGAAGUCACUGAAAAAUUCCAGCGCGCUCAUAUUCCUCUUUCACAACGGAGGAGAGCAGUUUUUCAAAAACGAGUUCCUCUGUUGGAAGAAGCCCUCAAGCAAAUUCAAGAAUCCAAUUUAAAAUCAGAAGUAAACCUCCUCCCUUCCUACAGACCAACAAUAAAUUGGAGAGCUAUAGAUAAUGCCUUGCCUUCAUCAUUGUCAAAAAAUGAUCACAAGCAUCAGAAACAUCUCUUAUCCAAAAUCAAUUGUGGUAAAGAAUUGAAGGAAAACAACAGGGCAAACUUGGCUACUAACAAAGAUGCGUUCCAGCUUAAACUGGAAGAAACUCAGAAACUCCUAGAAGAUCAGCAUCUAAGCAGUUUGCAAAUAUUUUGUGAUGAAGUUAAUCAAAUAACAAAUUCUGAAACCCUCUCGAGUAUAGACAGUCUUGAGGCUGGGGAACAUGAAGAAAUAUACUUAACCCUUAAGGAGGAGCUCUGCACACAGAGCCAGAAGAACUCCAUUUCUCUCCAACCGGUGGAUCUGCGGUCAGCUAGUCUGAGCGGCGGUGAUGAACACGAACUGUCGUUCUCCAAAACUCAGCGUGUAAACAAGUGGCUCAUAAACGUAAAUGACCCAAAGACUGAGACUGUCACACCUGUCUCAGAUAUUUUAAGUAAAGCCAAUGUCCUGCCUCCUUGUGGAUGUCUGAACGGCGAGGAACCAAAUCCGCCCGCGGAGAGAGUGCCCGAGAGUGCUGAGCGUUCGGUAGCCUCCGUGUCCGCCCCCGUAUUCGGAAGGGAUGGAAAAUGCACUGUGAGAGCAGCCGACUCCUGUGCCGGCACCUUCAAAAGGGAGAGACCCUUCGUUCCCGAGAGCCCGACAUUUAAAUUCAGCAGAGUCGCGACCGGGACCGCUGCCGAUGGUCUAAUGCUGGAGCCCGCGACGUCUGCGGACCGCGGCGGCGCUUCUGCAUCAGCGGCGGAGGGCGCCGGCGCUUCGUGUGUGCCCGUGGCGACCCGCACAGCUCUGCCCUGCAGCGGGUCGGCGGCGAGGCCCUCGCCAGAGAACAGCCUGCGAAGACCGGUCGGCCCGGCGCCGUGUCCGGACACGUCGGGCGGCUUGACCGAGGUCAAAGAUGACAAGGUGGAGGACGCCCGCCGUAGUAAGGAAGACCCGCCCUUGUUUUCAGGCUUCCCCGCUGCCGGCGUCCCUCCCGGCUCUGCGUCGGACGGUGGGAAACGCGCGAGAGCCCGAACGCCCGCCUCGGGGUGUUCCGUGGCCGCUAAGGGGGACUCGGCCGGGCCGCACAGGACGGUGAAGCGCAGCGCGCACGAGAGCGGCGGGAGCUUCCUGAAGAGCAUUUUAAAAAAAGCACCCGAGUGCGAGCGCGGCCGUUUGAAGGCGCUGGUGGCGAAGCACAGCUGCAAGUGCGGAGGUCCGGGAGCGGCUCCCCGCGACGGCGCUGGACUAGCGAAAGAGAAGGCUCCGGAAACCGCCAAGACGGUGAAGAAACUGAGGUGGUUUGACGAACCUGGAGAUCCCGCGGGCCCGGCGCUGAAGAGCAGGACGGGGCCGAGUCCACAGCGGGGUCCGCCUCUCCACCCUCAGCCGCGCGGGGGAGCUGCGGACCGGGGGGCGCGCGCCCUGAGCGCCGCGGGGGCAGCGCGGCCGCAGGAGGACGGCGUCUCGGAGACGGCCGCCGCCCCCGGAGCAUCUGCCGCGGCCGCGAUGCCUCUCACCUGUUUCGUGCCUUCCGGCAGCGACGCGGCCGAACAAGCCCGGCCGACCUCAGGAACGGGGGGACGGCCACCCCCGCGGCUCCGGGGGGGCUCUAAAGCUGAGACGGCGAGGCCGCGCGGUGCCGGGGCCCGCAGGAGAACGAGAUCGGCCCCCGCGCAGGGCGCGCUGUCGUGCGCGCUUGGAAGGGACGCCGCGCCCCGGCCGCGAUCGGCGGGCAGAGCCCGGGGCCCCUGGGCGGCUCAGGGCGCACCGCCUGUGCCUCCGCCUCCGCCCCGCAGCAGGAGCUGCAGGAGCCCAGGGGCGUUUGGCAGCCCUGCAGCGCCGCAUGGAGACCCGCAGCCGGUGACGGCGCCAGGCUGCCUCCGCGCCAGCCCCGUGCUUUCCCCGGAGCGCGGCGGGCUCGGCGCGUGGGGUCGGGAAGGUGGCGGGCGGAUCGCACACGUGCCUUCGGGGCCCGAGCCUGCGAUGCCUUCUCCACCGCGUUGUUCGCAGCGCCGGACCCGCGCCGAAGCAGCCGGCUCGGGCGGCACUGGGGCUCGUCCUGCCCGCGGAGACGGCCGCCGCCCGCCGCUCCUCAGGGCCGUCCGGGAGGAGUCCGUUCCCCGACGGAAGGCGCGGAGUGACGCGCGCGGCCACAGGGAACCGGAUGCUGGCUCUCCUGUUGUAAGAAGAAAGCGAAUUGUUGAAGAUAAGCAGAAAAGCCUUUUCGAACAGAAAAGACAAAACCCUGGAUCUGCAGGAAAGAAGUGUGACGAGCGCGCGAAUAAUUUGGAGCAAAGUGCCCAGCCAAGUUCAAGUGAGCCAAAACACACUACAAGGUGUACUUCUGAUGUUGAAGAAGUUUCAGAUAGUACUUCUCGGUUUUUGAUGGCUGAAAACCUAGUGAAAGCUUCAGUGCCUGAGGAUGAAAUUCUUACUGUCAUGAACAGCAGGCAGCUACAGAAACCAAAUCUGUCUUUAAAUAAGACCCAGCCAUUUAACAUCUGUGUGCUCUCAGCUGCGGAACAGAAGCUCCUCCAGUCCCUCAGUCACCUCAAUGAGAGGUUCUGCUAUGUACCAGAAGCCAUUUGCAAGAAUCCAUCCAUCAAAAAUACCUUACAAAUAAUACCACUUCUGAACAGCCGGCCGAGAGGCAGCGGGUCUCCGGGGGUCGGAUCCAGGCUGCAGAGGAAAUACUGACGGACCGCGGCGGCCGGUCGUGCUGUUCUCGCGGCCCCUGACAACGGCCUGUAAAUAGAGCAUAGAUUUCCGCAUUUGUUAAGGAUUUAAAUACUACAACCAUAAGGUAAAGGUAAAUCAUAACAUGAGUAAUGGAGAUAAAUUGACUGGUUUACAUUUAUGCUACAAGGUUAUUAUAUAUUUUAUUGAUAAUACAUUUUUAGUGAAUGGAAAUGCUUCAUUGUUUUUAAUGAGCAUGCUACUGAAAACGCAUGCAUUAUAUUUGAAAAUAAAACAGGGUAUUUUGUUAUUCAAAUUAUGUAUUAGCUGUAGUUGUAAAGCUUUGUUUUUUUCUGAAAUUCCUAAUAAAUUCUAUUAAAUUUUGGUACAGUGGUGUAAAAAGUUCAUGAUUAAUCAAUACCCCAUAUAAACAGUAAAGCCAUCUAAGACUUGGAAGGAUCUCUGUACUUGGAGGUGUUACCAAAGGGUGUUAAUUACGAAAACCAAAAGAAACUCCUUGUAUAAUCAUGAAACUCCUUCUAUGAUUUUAGAAGUUUUUUGUAGAAUUAUGAUAAUUUCAUGUAUCUUUUUACUUUCCCUCACCCACUUCUACUCAGGCUCUCCUCUAGACAGUCCGGGAAAGCUGACAGAUGGCAUUUCUAAGUGUGGUGGACUGGCAGAGUAAAAUCUGUCGUGUCAAUCCCAUCUUAGGGGCGCCCGGGGGGCUCAGUCGGCUGAGUGGCUGACUCUUGGUCUCAGUUCAAGUCUUGAUCUCAGGGUCGUGAGUUCAUGCCCCGCGUUGGGCUCCUAUUUUAAAAGUUUUCAGCUCUCUCCCUUUGGCUGCUAGAGGGACCAUGCGUAUAAGGCUCUCUGUAUCCUGAGUCCUCCCUGCUUGCGCUAAUGCCCAGACCCCUUGCAGGCCCCCAGCCUGCUGUCCCAUGCCUCUCUGCCCAACUGCACACUGUCCCCCUAGCUCAGAAUGCCUUCGUCAACCUCCACUGACAUCUGCCUGAAUCACGUUUACUCUUUCUUCUAAAUUCUACUCAGGUUGAACGUUCUCUAAUGUUUCCCAGUAAUUCUCUGCCACCUUUGUAUAAAUUAUGUCCUUUGCAUUCUGAACCACAAUUAUUUCUGUGUAUGUAUCCCUCUUGUAGAUAAAGUGCUCCUGGCAGCUAACGGUUGUCACUGGUGUCUGUCCCCUGAGGAACUAAAGUGGGGGACACAGCGGCAGAUCAAAAUAACGAAGGAAAGGAAAAUAUUCAACUGUGCGAUUUAUCAAGCCCCAACUGUGUGCUAGGUGCUGCUCCGUGUAUUAGGGAGACAGUAAAAACAAAAGUAAUUAUUUUCUUCUAUCACGGACUUACAUUUUAGUCGGGAAUACAGAUUUCCAACAUAAGCAGCCGUCACCGGAAGGUUAGAAGGGGCAGCGAACGGAAAGCUGGGCGGGGGCGGGGCGGAGUACUGGGGUAGACGGGAGCCCGCUGGGGUGGACAGAGACGGUGUCUGAGGACUGAAGGGGGGGGAGCCAGCCCUGGCAGCCGCAGGGGAGCAGAGCGGCCAGAGGGCAGGAAAGUAGGCUGUUCUCUUAGCGAGGACUGGGGAGCCGGCGGGGGUGUAGGGAGGAAAAGAAAGCGAACAGAGGAUUGGAACAGGGCUUCCUGUCACCCAUGGCUGGUGGCAAAAUGCAUUUCCUACUCUGAGAGGUCCAGGGUGGGACUGAGACCAUACCAGGGCUGCUGCUCCCUGGACCCAUGUGGAACCACAAGGGUCUGGAACAUAACCUUGGCCGCAUAUUGAAAUCACAUGAGGAACUUUAAAAAAUCUUGACGUUUGGGUUACCCCAGGGGGCGAUUUGAGCAUUGAGAUUUUUUAAAGCUCCCCAGACAAAUUAUAAUGAGAAGCCAAGGGUAAGAAACAGUAAUGCAAACAAGUAAUGGGGCCGGGGAUCGAAUCCAGUCUGGGCGCCCUCUCCGGCUGGCGGGCUUGGGGACAACCCAAGGGCAGUGACCAUGCUGCGGACAGUGUCUUUCUGGACCCGCCUCGCCCCCCAUCCACCGCAGAGGUGGCCGUACACGUGACUGACCGGUACUGGUGGUCAGGAGUGCGGGAAGAGCUCCGUGGGCCUCCGCCGGGAGCAGCUCUGGCUUCCCUCCUCACCGGCAACAGAUGCAGGCUCUUCCCAUUCCCUGCUUCCUGGGUUCGGGGUUCAGGACUGUUCCUGCGGGGGGUUUGCUGCACUCUCAGAGUCCGCCCUGAGUACCGAAAAGCCCACGGAGGAGGGGACAGACUGACACAGGGCACCCAGCUUUUUCGCUCCACAGCAUCUUCUAGCCACAGCCCACAAUGACCUCAGCAGCACCCCCACCCCCCGGCCACCGCAGGCAUCGGCUGACACCCAUGGGGACCUCGACACCCAAGCCCCCUCCUCCUCACUGACGCAGGCUCUGGAGUCUGCACCUCUGUUGUCCCCUCCCAGACCAUCCUUCUCCAGUUCCUCCCAUAGCGGGUAAGAUGUCAUUCUUGUAUUCCCUAGUCCCAGGAUUCUUAACAGCGGCUGUGUUGUCGGGACUGAUACAGUCAGAUGGAGGAGACACACGUGGGAGAUGAAUGCGAUUCUGAAUUUUGG